AUGGGCUCCAUCAGUAAGCCCAGGGUAGGUGGUGGGGUGGUGCUGGUGCGGCGGGUGGUGAAGGCUCCGCCGGACAGCGACAUGUUCCAGGCGGCCACCUCCGGGGACCGUGACUGGCUGCGCCUCAGCCUGAAGCGGGCGCUGUUCCCAACGCAGCUCGACAAACAGGUGAGUCAAGCACUGUGUUGGCGGCUUGAAUCGAUGUCAAUUAAAUAACUACAUCUCUUGAAGUGCUAGUCAUUUGUUUAUAUUCAUGCAUUCCAACAUGUUAUCUGUGGCUGUACUGACCUGCUGUGUGUCUGUGUCUGUCUGCACGUGUGCGUGUGCCUGUGUCCAUCUGUCUGCACUUGUGUGCCUGUCUGUGUGCACUGUGCACUGUGCUGGCCUGCAUACCUAUAUGUACACACACACCAGGGUCUGACGGUGCUCCACGUGGCCAGCCUACAUGGGCAGUUGGAGUGUAUGAAGCUGCUGUUGACAUCCCAAGUGGUGGACAUAAAUGCCAGCUGCCCCCUGGGCCGCAGACCCAUCCACAUGGUCCUCACUGUCCAGAGCAGACCCCACUCCCAUGCCUGCCUCACCUACCUACUGGAGCACGGAGCCCUGCCAAACGUGUACAUAACCUUGGUCCAUCAUCUCUUGCUCUGACAACAUUAUCACAAUGUCUAUAAUGAGAGUUACCUUUAUAAUGACGAUGAUGAUGAUGAUAAUGACAUUGAAGAUGAAGAAGGUGGUGAUGAUGUACUGUAAGAGCGUAAUGUAUUGGUUCAUUUCCAGAGCCACUGACACAGGGUUGACGCCCCUCCACCUGGCUGCCACCGAGGGCCUGUGGGAGUGCACCGAGACUCUAGUGCAGGUGGGGGCAGACACUGGUGCACGAGACAACAGAGGACACACACCUCUAGACCUGGCACGCAUCUGGUGCCACAGAAGGAUUGCCAGGUGUGUGUGUGAGAGAGAGAGAAAGAAAGAGAGAAAUAGAGGUAUAGAGAGAGAGAUGUGUGUGUUUGUUUGAAAGGUGUGAUGUAGUAGUAGUAAUAGGUUGUGUACUUACCAGGUAAUACAGCCACUUCAGAGAGACAUUCGUAGAUCAGUUGAGGGACGAGUGGUGCCUUGGACUGGCGCCACCUAUCAGAAGACAAUGAGUUUACUCUGCUUACUCUUAACAGAAGUGACACUUAACUUGACUGUAUGUGACUGACUGUGUGUGGCCAGGUUUCUGAAGGACUCUAUGUGGCAGAGCGAGAAGAAGAGAGAGAUGGAGAGACGCAGGGCGCUGCAGAACCUUCAGCAGGACCUGUUCAACAUGCACAGGAGGGCCGAGAGCAUAGAGAAGGUUUGUCUAGUCUACUGUGUGGAAGUCUACUGUGUGGAAAAACACAACACAGUUAUUAUUACUGUUACUAUUACAGAUACUAUGUUACUAUUUUACUGAUAUGAAGUUACUCAUGAGUUGCAUAGAUCCAACACUGUCAACAACGUUAAAAAGUCAAAACUUGAAUUUAAUAAAAAAGUAAUGAUUCCUUUUUUCCUAACGAUUGUUACCUGUCUCUCCUCCGUGUCCAUGUUUCCUUGGUGAACUCCCUCAGGUGGCGAGACAGAAGUUGAUGGAAGAGAAGGUCACGGCGUGGGCCAAUAAGAAAGGCCUCCCCCUCCUCUGGGCCCAGCCUAGGGCCACGUGGAACCAGGCUCACGCCCACUGCCUCUCCCCAGACCAGAGGCCUCCCAGCCAGGGGCCACAAACCCAGAGGACCAAGGCCUGCCACAGGCAGCGUCCAGGGGCCCCGCCUCGGGAGGCCUGGAACAUCUCCCCCAACCCCUCCAAACCCCCCCCGGCCUCUGUCUCCCGGCCCCAGGGGGUGCGUCUGAGCAGCCAGCCCGAGAGGUCCCCUCCAGAGCCCGAUCUGAGGCGCAGCGUGACCCUCUGCAGGGCCCAUGGGGAUGGACGUCCCCAGUACACUGCCAAGUGGGACGGGUCCCCCCAGUCGGUCCCUAACCUGCCCUGGGAUGUCCUUCAGAGGGGGCUGUUCCCUGCUGCCUUCCCAUCAAGGAUCGCCUCGCCCAGCCACUUCCAGCCCAACCAUGUGCUGGAUCUGCCGCACCUCGGCUGCUCCCCAGGACCCAACACCUCUCCCUGGACAGAGGUGGCCAUGCACCUGGCUGAGGAGCUGGAGCCUGGCCACUACUGACUGGAUGGAGCGGGAGGUAGAAGCUGCCCCUAACCAAUGAUCCAGAGUCAGAUCUCUUUCAUCCCUCUAAUGGUUAAGGCUAGAAUGGCAGGUAGGGUAAUCUGAUCCUAGAUCUGUGGUUGGGGGCAACUUCUACCUUAAGAAGUGGUGAAGAGAUCCACUUUCUCCCAGUCUUACUGUACUGUAAUGGAGAGACACUGUACUGACUACUAUGUCACAAAGCAUCACAGGCUAUUGGACAGUGGUGUUCUGCACAACAUAACAGAUUUUGCAUAUCAGGAGUAUUAUUAUUAUUAUUAAAAGGUGUGAUAUUUGAGAAACAUUACUGGUGGCAUUAAUACUGUAUAUUUACAUUUACAUUUACGUCAUUUAGCAGACGCUCUAAUCCAGAGCGACUUACAAAUUCUCAUCCAAUAAAAAUUGCCAGAGAUUAUGAAAGGCGCACAAGGAUUGUUUAGCAAUGUCAGAGCUAACACCGGAAAAUGGUUACAAAUGGGUAUUGUAUUUAGUAUAUGACUGUGUAUGUUGUUGAAUACAGGAGAAAUAAGGACUACUCUGUAACUUUCCACUCUGGGCUUGUUAUCCCAAUUAAGUGCUUUUGUGUCUUUAUAGGGCACCGUGAUAACUCCUCUCCCCCCAUACCCAUGUCACACUGGCUAUGCAUAAGUGGAACAACAGCUGAGUUCACCAGUCUCCAGCUACUUUUCUGUGGUUGGAGCUCCUCGGUCUCCUGCGUGAAGGUAAGGGAGGGGUGCGUAGGGGGGGGGUGACACAGGGGUGAGACCACAGUAACCUGGGUCACUUGUCACAAACGGGGGCCUGCUCUCUUGAUGACACUCCCUCGGGGUCUAGACUAGGUCUGCAGGUGAGAGCUUGUCAAAAGAAGGUAGGGGGUGGAGAUGGGAGCUGUGGUUUUGUCCGCUUACUUCGUCAUCAUAACACACUCACACUGUUCCUGAGAAUCACUUCACACCCCAGCGAUGGCAUGUUCUGACCUCUGUUCAACCUUUUGCCUCCCCGCAACUGCUGCUAGCCCCAGAACCACAUACACGUAUAGUGAAAGGACAGAAUCAAUAUAGAGUACCUUGCGAAAGCAGAGUCGUGUUCACUUCAGCAGUGGGAGAACAUGUUUUGGAACGGAGAAGAUACUAAACGUAAGUCCAAUAAGAAUGCUUCUUGUCUGUUACUUAGUGUUUACACAAUUCAUACCCAGUGAACACGUCCCAGGAAAGUAAUUCCACAUAACCGUUCACAUAUUGAGUCUCACACCAUAUUAACCGAAAGGUUGCUGGUUCGAUUCCCUGAGACGACUAGAUGAAAAAUCUGUUGAUGAGCCCAUUUACAUUUACGUCAUUUAGCAGACACUCUUAUCCAGAGCAACUUACAAAUUGGUGCAUUCACCUUAUAGCCAGUGGGAUAACCACUUUACAAUAUGUUUUUUUUGGGGGGUGGGGUGGGGUAAGGGGGGUAGAAGGAUUAUUUUAUCCUAUCCCAGGUAUUCCUUAAAGAGGUGGGGUUUCAAGUGUCUCCGGAAGGUGGUGAGUGACUCCGCUGUCCUGGCGUCGUGAGGGAGCUUGUACCACAUUUGGGGUGCCAGAGCAGCGAACAGUUUUGACUGGGCUGAGCGGGAACUGUGCUUCCGCAGAGGUAGGGGGGCCAGCAGGCCAGUGGAUGAACGCCCAUGAGCAUGGCACUUAACCCUAAUUGCUCCUGUAAGUCGCUCUGGAUAAGAGCGUCUGCUAAAUGACUUAUACGUAAAAUGUUAACUACCUCACGGCCAAUCAUUGAUUGAGUCUUACAGUGGAGUCCGGAAUUAUUGGAUCCCUUGAUAAAGAUGAGCAAAAAAAGUGUAUAAUAAAAUCUCUUUCUCUGAGCAAUUGUAACAAGUAAAAUCAACCAAAAAAUAUAGGGGUCAAAAUGAUUGGAUGCCCCGUUUUCAAUACUCCAGCACCCUCCCCUUGCGAGGAUAACGACACUGAGCCUUUUUCUAAAAUGUUUUAUGAGAUUGGAGAACACAUUGGGAGGGAUCUUAGACCAUUCCUCCAUACAUAAUCUUUCCAGAUCCUUGAGCAAAAUUGCCCCAUAACACCGUAUGGAUGAGGUACAGUUGAAGUCGGAAGUUUAAAUACACCUUAGACAAAUACAUUUAAACUCAGUUUUUCACAAUUCCUGACAUUUAAUCCUAGUAAAUAUUCCCUGUUUUAGGUCAGUUAGGAUCACCACUAUAUUUUAAGAAUGUGAAAUGUCAGAAUAGUAGAGAAAAUGAUUUCUUUUUUGAAAGCUUUUAUUUCUUUCAUCACAUUCCCAGUGGGUCAGACGUUUACAUACACUCAAUUAGUAUUUUGUAGCAUUUCCUUUAAAUUGUUUAACUUGGGUCAAACGUUUCGGGUAGCCUUCCACAAGCUUCCCACAAUAAGUUGGGUACAUUUUGGCCCAUUCCUCCUGACAGAGCUGAUGUAACUGAGUCAGGUUUGUAGGCCUCCUUGCUCGCACACGCUUUUUCAGUUCUGCCCACAAACUUUCUAUAGGAUUGAGGUCAGGGCUUUGUGAUGGCCACUCCAAUUCCUUGACUUUGUUGUCCUUAAGCCAUUUUGCCACAACUUUGGAAGUAUGCUUGGUGUCAUUGUCCAUUUGGAAGACCCAUUUGCGACCAAGCUUUAACUUCCUGACUGAUGUCUUGAGAUGUUGCUUCAAUAUAUCCACAUAAUGUGGUCCUGCGUAGCUCAAUUGGUAGAGCAUGGCGCUUGUAACGCCAGGGUGGUGGGUUCGAUCCCCGGGACCACCCAUAUGUAAACAUUUAUGCACACAUGACUGUAAGUCGCUUUGGAUAAGAGCGUCUGCUAAAUGGCAUAUUAUUAUAUAAUUUUCCUUCCUCAUGAUGCCAUCUAUUUUGUGAAGUGCUCCAGUCUCCUGCACCAGUCUCCUGCAGCAAAGCACCCCAACAGCAUGAUGCAGCCACCCCCGGGCUUCACGGUUGGGAUGGCGUUCUUCGGCUUGCAAGAGACCCCCUUUUUCCUCCAAACAUUACGAUGGUCAUUAUGGCCAAACAGUUCUAUUUUUGUUUCACCAGACCAGAGGACAUUUCUCCAAAAAGUACGAUCUGUGUCCCCAUGUGCAGUUGCAAACCGUAGUCUGGCUUUUUUAUGGCGGUUUUGGAGCAGUGGCUUCUUCCUUGCUGAGCGGCCUUUCAGUUUAUGUCGAUAUAGGACUUGUUUGACUGUGGAUUUAGAUACUUUUGUACCCGUUUCCUCCAGUAUGUUCACAAGGUCCUUUGCUGUUGUUCUAGGAUUGAUUUCCACUUUUCGCACCAAAGUACGUUCAUCUCUAGGAGACAGAACGUAUCUCCUUCCUGAGCGGUAUGACGGCUGCGUGGUCCCAUGUUGUUUAUACUUGCGUACUAUUGUUUGUACAGAUGAACGUGGUACCUUCAGGCGUUUGGAAAUUGCUCCCAAGGAUGAACCAGACUUGUGGAGGUCUACAAUUUCUUUUCUCAGGUCUUGGCUGAUUUCUUUUGAUUUUCCCAUGAUGUCAAGGAAAGAGGCACUGAGUUUGAAGGUAGGCCUUGAAAUACAUCCACAGGUACACCUCCAAUUGACUCAAAUGAUGUCAAUUAGCCUAUCAGAAGCUUCUAAAGCCAUGAUAUCAUUCUCUGGAAUUUUCCAAGCUGUUUAAAGGCACAGUCAACUUAGUGUAUGUAAACUUCUGACCCACUGGAAUUGUGAUACAGUGAAUUAUAAGUGAAAUAAUCUGUCUGUAAACAAUUGCUGGAAAAAUUGUGUCAUGCACAAAAUAGAUGUCCUAACCGACUUGCCAAAACUAUAGUGUGUUAACAAGAAAUUUGUGGAGUGGUUGAAAAACAAGUUUUAAUGGCUCCAACCUAAGUGUAUGUAAACUUCCGACUUCAACUGUAUGUUCUGCAUAUGCAUUGUUCUUUCGAAGGCCAAACCCACCGCUGGUGUGCGUUCCCAAAGAGCUCUAUUUUCAUGUCAUAUGACCAUAGCACCAGUUCAAAUUCAGGUGCCAAUGCCAUUUAGCAUACUCCAGGCGUUGCUAUGGUCAAAUGACAUGAAAAUAGAGCUUUUUGGCCAGGCACACCAAUGGUGUUUGGCCUUCGAAAGAACAAUGCAUAUACAGAAAAUACCUAAUUCCUACUGUAAAAUAUAGUGGUGGAUCUUUGAUGUUAUGGGGCUAUUUCCACUGGUCCUGGGGCCCUUGUUAAUGUUAAUGUUAAUAACAUCAUACAUUUGACCAAGUACCAGGACAUUUUAGCCAAAAUCCUGGUUGCCUCUGCUAGGAGGCUGAAACUUGGCCGCAAGUUAAUCUUCCAGCAAGGCAAUAACCGCAAGCACACAUCAAAAUCCAUAAGGAAAAUGUUAAUUGACCACAAAAUCAGUCUUUUGCAACGGCCAUCUCAGUCGCCGGACUUGCACCCCAUUGAAAACCUGUGGUUUGAAUUGAAGAGGGUAGUCCUUAAGUGCCGACGAAAGAGAUCCAAGGAUCUGGAAGGAUUCUGUACAGAGGAAUGGUCUAAGAUCCCUCCCAAUGUGUUCUCCAAUCGCAUAAAACAUUUAGAAAAUGUCUGCGUCAUUAUCCUCGCAAAGGGGAGGGUGCUGGAAUAUUGAAAACAGGGCAUCCAAUAUCUAUAUUGUUUAUGUGUUACUUGUCAAACAAUCUCUCUGAGCAACUGUAUUAGUAUAAAUAUACUGUAUAUUUGUAAUUUAGCUCAGUAUUUGUAUUUUUACUUAGUUUUUUUUGCUCAUCUUUAUCAAGGGAUCCAAUAAUUCCAUACCCCACUGUAUACCAUUUAUCUUCCACACAGCCAAUCAGUGAUGAGUCUCACACCAUAUAACUGCCUCUUUAAUAGCAUUGCUACACAUCACUUUAGCAGUUUCUCUCUCCAAACAGUCCCCGAUUCACCCAUAACAAGCCUACAAAAAUGAUCUUAUCACAGAUUCAUAAGUAUUUGUGGGCAUGUUAGUUUGUUUCCUGUUUUUAUCAAUUGACAUACAAAAAAAUCACUUAUUGUAUUAUUUAAGCUUUCUUUUUCUUCUUUUGAACGGUUCAAGAGAAUGAGCAGUUUGAGAACCAUUGCGUCGUUGAUGAUUGAUGAACAGUAAAGAUGUACACAAAAAAAACUCAUUUGUUCCUAUGCGGCCACGUACAAACAUUGGCUUAGUAGGCAAACCCAUACUAGUAGGGAGUUAGCGACCCAGCACACAACACAAGGGCUGCUUCCCAAAAUGGUACCCUAUUCCCUUCAUAGGGCACUACUUUUGACCAGGGCCCAUGGGACAAAGGUCAAAAGUUGUGCACCAUGUAGGGAAUAGGGCGCCCUUUGGGACGCAAACAAGUGAUCCCGUCUGGCCUCGUUUCACGCUAACCCUGUUCCCCUCUCCAACCUGCCCUCCACCUGGCUCGUAUUCAUUAGGCACCAAACAGAAGAACACUGACUAAAACGGAGAGGGGACAACCUGAACUUGUCCAAUAAGAAACGCUUGUUUUAGUUUUCUGUUGAAAAACAUUUUGCUACGGUGUGCACUAAUGAAUACGGCCCAAAUGUAUCAUACCAACACGUAGUUUAAUUAACAAACCUUUAAAAAAACAGAAUAGUCUGAUGCAGAAGAGAGCCUAUGGAGGCACCUACUGCAGCUGUAGAACAGGAGCCAGAGAGGCCUUCAGUUCUUUGUUGGCAGUCACCAUCAUCACAGACAGACAUGGAUACCCUAUUCCCUAUAUAGUGCACUAUAUAGGCAAUAGAGCGCCAUUUCAGACACAGACAGAGCUAGAGAGAGAGAAUGAGAGAUGUACAAGUCCUGUAAACACACUGCUGCUAGUCCGUAGCAAUAACGGGAAGCUCUCGUCUGCUCUGCUAUGAUGAGCUCUUCUUCCUCCUCUCCUUUAGUCCCUUCCCAAAUCUACCCUUGUACCCCUACCAACCCACCCACCCAGACCACCCCCCCCCCCCCGGGUAGAGCCUCAGUACAUCUUCUGUCGACUAGGCAACACUGCCUCCUUGAGGAAAGAGAAGAUGAGCAGGAUGCCGGACCUCUUGCCCCUCUUGCCCUUGGUGAAGUAAUUUGAGACCACGUCAUCUGGAGAAAAAAAAGGAAGGAGAGAAGAAAAAUAAAGUUUAAAUAUGUUUAAUUUAUCUAGCCAGGUAAGUUGUUGAGAAAGAGUUACAUUAUCUUUAGUAAAAUAACCUGGUUGGCCUAGAGUUGAACAACUGGGGGGGGGGGGGAUAUGAUAUCUGAACGUGCUAUAUCUGGGUGGGGUCCAGAAGGGAGAAGAAAAAAUGAAACUGAACUCGUUUUUAUUAAACGCUUAUUUCCCUGGCAAACGUUUUCUGUUGUCAUCAAGUGUGUGCCCUACUGAACAGGACCAAGUAUUCGUAUCAUAAGGCUCUGGGUGCCAUUUCAGACUUAGCCCUAAGAGCUCACCUCCUUGCUGCAUGGUGGACGGAAGCACGUUCUCCCCCGCCGAGAGAGACACGAAGAACGAGAAGGGGAUGAUCCACAGACAGAUGGUGAAGUACGCCAGGACCUUCAGGGAGAAGAGUUAUGUUGUUGAGGAGAGAGGAGAUACGGCGUUGAGGAGAGAUGGAGUUGAGGAGAGAUGGAGUUGA